GCGAGGAAGUUACUGUCACAAUUAACUCAAUACUUUACUUUGGGGUUCAGGAACUACGAAAUCUCCACAUUCAAGUGAAAGUCAUGCAGUUGUGCAGGUCCUUGCUGCUUUAUUUCCUCGUCUGUGUAUGUGCUGCGUCUAAUCCGAGAAACGCGAAAUCGUCCGAUAAUCUUAUACAUUUGGAGCACUUAGAUUCACUCCAUCAGAACAUCAGAUUCCAGCUGAAACCCCACGGGGGUCUGGGUGGGUUUGAACCGGGUGAUAUCGCUCCGGCGUUUAGAGUUCAGACUCUGGACGGAGUGUUUGUUUAUCCUCCUCAGAACGAGUCGAGAUCAGCUCUCAUCGUUCACGCAUUCACGAAUAAAUCCGCUUUUCUCGAGUGUCUGUGGACGUGGAACGAGUCCCUGUCCGAUCUGCUGGAGCAUCUGCCUCCCAGGGCUCAAGUCCUGUUCCUGUCUCUGGAUGAGACCGCAGCACGUGAUGCUGUCUGGAUGAGAGAGCAGGUGUACAGAGCCACUUUUCACAGGGGUAAAGAGAUCUUGUCCAGAUUGUAUUUCUCUCCUGUACCCGUGUAUGCUUUGGGUAACUGGAUACCCAGAGUUCUGUACUCGUGGGGUUGCGGCGGCCACAACUGUGGCCUCGCUCAGGUGGUUUUUACCUCUUCGGACUGGAGCAUCCCUUUGGUUUCCAAGCGUUUGAAUGCAAGAUACGACUGGCUGAAUGGGCACUGGGGUGCAGAUCCGUACAUACUGUUGGAUGCAGGUGAUGGCUGUAAACCGGAUGCCUCCAUCAAAGGUGCUGUUGCCUGGAUAUCUGAAGGUGGCUGCUCGUUCUUUACAAAGAUUAAAAACAUGGCAGAAUCCAAUGCUACGGGGGUUCUGGUGUACGCCCUGCCUGGGAAUCCCAUACAGGACAUGAACUGCAUCGGGGAUGAAUGUUCCACCUCCCUCAACAUCCCUGCAUCUAUGGUCCAUGUAGAACCCAGUGUCGUACAAGCACUACGAUUGGGGAAAAAGGUGAACGUGACAAUCCAGAUUACACCGUCUCCAAACUUCUUCUUUGCGAUCAACCAGCAGGGGGCGCUGUCUGGGAUGGGCUGGUUUCUCUACCCGACCUUUAGAUUCAUUGCCUGGCAGGCUCAGUGGUUUGAUUUUGAUGAUGGUUUGCAGGAGCGCCUGAAAAGUCCUGCAAGUGUAGUGUCAGUAUUUAACCGCAGUCUGAUGCAGGGAGAGAUGGGAGCUCAGGCAGCGGUGGAUCUUCCUGCAGACCUGUUGGAUUAUGAAGUUCUGGAGUUGGACGCCUCUCUGUCGUGUCCCGGCCGCAGGGACGAGACGUGUGCUCAUUGGGAUCACACUGUGCAGUUGCAUGUGUGCUGCGAUCGAACCAGCCCGUACUGUAACCUGGAGCUCGGCCGCUGGAUAACAGCCUUCCGCAGAGGAACAGGUCAUUGGCUGACGGAUGUGUCCUCUUUGAUUCCUCUGUUAAAUAACGGCACCUGCAUGCUUACCAUGAAGACUGUGCCCUGGGCCAUGCCGUGGAUGGCCUCUCUCAAUCUCCGCUUCAGUCGUAGCAACCGGACAGGAAAUCACUCGGAAAGACUCUACCCCUUCCAGGUCAUUCCACUCUUCAGUGGAGGAACGUUUGACAAGGCUUAUAACAACAGAUACCAUGAAAUUAAGUUCAGUCUUCCAGCUUCCACUAAGAAGGUGGAGUUAUACGCUGUCAUCACAGCUCACGGGUACGACGAGAACUUCUGCGGUGAAUUCUGUGUGACGUCACACCACUUUCUGAUCAACAGAUCUGUGAAUAACAGCCUCAUAUUUGACACCGCAGGAUCACCUCUGGGUUGUGCCAUGCGGGUACCUGAAGGGGCGGUGCCAAAUGAGCACGGCACCUGGUUAUACGGCCGCGGAGGGUGGUGCGAUGGGCUCCAGGUGGAUCCGUGGAGGACAGACAUCACCUCCCAGCUGGAUAUGGGUGAAACCAAUUCGGUUCUUUACUUUGGACUCUUUGAGGGACGCAACCCAAAUCCAAAGAAAGAUCCAGGCUAUAUUAUCAUGUACUCCUAUCUUGUGUAUUAUAAAUAAUCUUACAUGCCUCCAUGGAUGCACGGAAGGAAAACUUGACAAAAACAGUUCUCAAUUCUCAGUUGCAUCUUUAAAACAGCAUUAGCCGCUCAUUUUCGUGCUUGUAGAAUCAUUCAUUUUAGUUUUAUGGUUGGUUUUAUUAUUGCCAUUUGCUGCUGUUUUUUGCCUAAAAGAGCUCUUUUAUUAAGGUAGAAUAUGACAAUGAAUCAAUUUCUAAAUGUUUGGAGCUUUUUAUUGUUUUACAGUGUUUUAUUACAUUUUUAGAGAAAUUAAUAUAAUCUCAGUUUUAUUUAAUAAGUCUUAAGAUGCACAUAAUGUUGAAAAUGUUGCAAUUGGACAUCUUGCCCCGUCUUCUUCAACUGACGUGGAAGGAGAUUACAAACCUGAGAUCUUCAUCCUUUAGAAAAUUACUUUUCAUUUUCAAGGAUGGAGUCAUUAUUUUGUGAAUUGACCCUUUGUGACUGUCAUUGUCUGACUAGUUCAAUACUUUAAGAAGUCAGACUUUAGAUUGUAUGUUAAAUUUGAAUUUAUUUAUUGUUAAACUUAAACAAUGUAUUUUUAAACCUUGUUGCCUAUAAUUAGAGAUGGAGACACAAGGAUGUGGUGUGAAAGGUUUGUGUGAAACUGUGACGUAUAUGUGCGUCACAGAUAACAAUAUAGACUAUACAAUAGUGCAAGUGACUUGAGUUUGCAUUAGUUAAUAGCUAAUGUCUGUAAUUAAUGCACACUCAAGUCACUUUCACUAUUGUAUAGUCUAUAUUGUUAUCUGUUCAUAACCACCUGUACAUUAAUGUUCACAGUAUAUAGCCUUCUGUAUAUAUUGUUCAUAGUACAUACCGACUGUCAUAUUUUCAUAGUACAUGGCCAUUGUAUAGUAUUUUCCUAAUAUUGUAUUCUGUAUUUAUUCACACUGUAUAUCCUGCACUUGCUAAUUGCACUUCUGGUUAGACUUAAACUACAUUUCGUUACACUGUACUUGUAUAUGUGUAAUGACAAUAAAAUUUAAUCUAAUCUAA